GACUGAAGGACGAGUACAGCGAACUGACUAACGGCGAGAAACGCCGCGCGGCGCGCGAUCACCGACGGUGAUCGUACAGUGAGGCGAGAACGCACGUCGACCGGCGGUAUUCGACACGACGACUACAAUUAGUGCGCGAUACGUGCGCACACAUACGCGGUCGUUGUGUCGUUAACAUAACGGCCGACAUGGGAACGUGAUGCUACGUGGCCGCAAUCGCCGCGCGUCGCCUAUCUGUCCGGAGUCAAAGGACUCGACGACAACUCGUGCUCGCCUACGUCGUGCACGGGAAGGGAAGCGACACCGAGAGCGACGAGUACGAGCAACGAGCGCUAUCGGACGCCUCGGGGCCGGGGCGCCGUUGCACGGCGACGGACGGAGCGGCGUUGCCACCUCCUCGCCGUGGCCGCGGUCGCGGCCACCACUACUGCUGCCAUCGCCACCACCGCCGCCGCCGCCGCCGUCGCUACCGCUGCCGCUGUCAUUGCCACCGCCACCGCCGUUGUGUCGUCGUUGCCACGUCCGCCGCUACUUUCCACCUCCGGGAGCGACGACGACGACGACGACGACCAUCUCCUCGGCAACGCUGCUGUUUCAGCACGAGCCAGCAAUAUGGAGGCAAAGGAAAGGGAGAAGCCGCUGGUCAAAGAUUUGAAUGAACAUAUCGUAUGUCCCCUAUGCAGAGGAUACCUCAUAGACGCUACGACUCUUGUGGAAUGUUUGCAUUCAUUUUGCAGAGGUUGUAUCGUUCGACGCCUGAGUAGCGGUGCUCGAGCGUGUCCUGUGUGCAACGUCGCGGCGUCGCCGCCGCUUCUGCCGGACACGCGACUCCAACGAUUGGUGUAUCUAGCGGUGCCCGGUCUUUUUCGAUCGGAACUCGAGCGCAGACGUCACUUUCGCCUGGUGAACCCGCAAUGUCCGCCCUUGACGCUUGCCGUGGGCGCUCUAGAUUUGACUUUGGACGACCUCGUCAGUCUGAGUCUGCAAGAGCUGGACGAAGCGGAAGAUGAGACGCCGAAGGAAGAGCACGGCUCAUCGACGACCGAAGAGACGUCGCGAGGAGGCGGUGGGAGCACACGAUAUCUCAAGUGUCCGGCUGCCGUGACGGUGCGUCAUCUGGUGAGACUGCUGAUGCUGAAGAGAGGAUGGGAAGAGGCCAACGCGACUGUCAAUGGUGUUAAUAAUAGAAUAGAAAUUACGUAUCAGCAAAACGACACGCAGCAUCCUGAUGAGAAGAGCAUGCACUCGCUCGACCCCUCUUGGACGCUCCUGGACCUCGCUUGCAUAUUUCGUUGGAAAAAGGAACUGCCAAUGAAAUUGUUCUACCGGGUGUUGCGUAAGGAGGAGGCGGUCUCGAUUUCAAGAGUUCCUUCAUAUAAAGAUGACGCAACGAAAGACGGUCCGCCGACGAUCGAGAACAUGCAGAGACCGCCGACUCCACCACCAAGCCCUAAGCCCAGCGCGCGCGAACCGGAAGCGGAAGCACGUGGCGUGGAACCUCCUCGCGCUCUCGAAACGAACACGGACAAGGAGACGAGGACGAAGAAGCCGCGGUGCGAGGUGACGCCUGUCAUGCGAACCCCCGAUCCCCCGUCUGCCGAGCUUCCAGCGAAUAAUCAAUCGCAGGAGAGCGCGAAGAGCAAGGAUCUGACAAGGCUGGAGCACCGAAAAAGACGCAAGCGACGAAACAAACGAGUGAUCGCGGAAAUCACUACGACGCCGCGCGAGGAUCUGCUGAAGCUCAAAGUCCGCCUGACACCACGUCCCCCGAGGAUCACCUCUGGCGCAGGAACCGUUGGUGGCGGCGGCGGCAGUGACAGCGGCAACAGCGGCAACGGCGGAGGUAUGAACGCGAACAACCAAGCGAAGGAGAAACUGCUACAGCUACGAUCGGUCAGGCGCGAAAAGAUCAAGGCGAUCACCCAACAACAACGUUGGACGGCGGCAAGUUCAAUAGCCAAAGAGGAAAUUACGCCUAAGGAGUGCGCGACGGUGGACGUGGAGGAAACGAUCGAGGACAUCAUCGACAGCAUUCCCGAUGAAGUCGUGUGUAUCGCGCAAAAUAUCAACACUCAGAGUGAGGACGCGGCGGCGGAAAAAACGACCGGCAACGAGAAAUCGGAACCGAUCGAGAUCUCGGAAAAUAACGACGAGCCGGAAAGGCCGAAGAAGGAUGAGGAAAUCCUGCGGCGAUUAGGUCUGGUCGCCAUCAAGGAGAUUAGCGGCGACAAGACGGCGAAGCAACGCGCGCACAGUAGCGUUGACAAGGCGAGCAGCCUGGACCGCGAGAAGCUGGAGAAGCAAUUGCGCGAGAGCAAGGCAAACCGCGUGCGAAGUCUGUUGGCGGAGAAGCAGAUGCGCGAUGCGCUCAAGAGUAUCAUGUCCAAGACGAAGGAGGAACGAUCCGCAUCCGCGAGCGACACGUCGAUGUCCGCCUCUACUUCCGUUUCCGUCUCCGCGCCGGUUUCCGCGCCGAAAAAGAAGGAACCGCCGCCGUUGGCGCCGCUGCGCGUCGCCAAACCCUCCGACUUCGCCGCGACUAGCGGCGUGCUGAUGUCCAACGCCGCCUCCAAGUACGAGACGCCGUUAGACCUCAGCAGUGGCGGCACCGUUGCCAAUGACAACGCCCUCGACCUGUCCGCCACGUUACCUGGCGGCGGUAGAUUGGUCACUUUUUCAUCUUCCUCGUCACCCUCUUCCUCGUCCUCUUCUUCCUCCUCCUCGCCCUCGUCCUGCUCGAUAUCGUCGUUGCCGUCGUCGAAGGCGGCGCGAUCUAUGAUCGGCGGCGCCGGCGGCUUUCUUCGCAAAUCCAAAGAAUUUGCGGACCAGCACCGCAAGGGAGCGGCACAGCAGGAGUCGAAUCUGAGAACUCUCUCGGACGUCGCGGUGUCCCGCCUGAGCGGCUGCCUGAGCACGCUGAUCGAGAAGAACCCGACAGCGGUAGAGCCGUUUGCGUUGGCCUCCGCGAACAUCCACGCCGCCGCCAGUAAAGUUGCCCUGCGCAUACCGCAGCCGCAUCAGCGCAUCUCCGGCUUCGGUAUGAAGAUCAAGCCCAAUCUCGGAGUCCGGCAUAUUCCGAAUCCUCAGGCCGUCGUGGCCUCUCAGUACCGUAAUCAAAGGGCUAAUUACUUCAACACCGUCUCUCAGCAGCCUCCGUAAAUCCUUCUUUGAUCCAUCGAUGUAAUUUAUUCUUUCUCUCCUUCCGCACACACUCCCUUCGCUUUUUCACGCUCCCUACGCUUUAUUUUCUUCGCCGGGUCUCGUCGUUGGGAGACGGAGAGUGCCACGAGAGACGGAAUUCCUAUACGACCAAAAUCCAAAGGUAGUACGUUACCAAUUGUUUUCUGUUCAUUUCUCCAGUGACUCGUUGAUAGCGUUCGGUGACGUAAUCAGGUUGAUCGAAAAGUUCUAAAUAAUUUUGUCACGAGAUUGAUCGCAAGAUUGAUCGAAGAGUCUUACAGAUAAAGGAGAAUAACUUGUAACGCAUUGAUUUGUAAUUAUUAUUCUAGGGCACAUAAUACUCCCAGCAAUUAAUAUGUUCCUCUUGACGAAAAAAAUACUCGAUUUUAUAUCGAGUUCAGAAAUCCACAAGUUGAUAUAUUCACAAAAAUGUAGAGUAUUCCAUGACGUAUCCAUUAAACUUUACUUAUAAAUUCAUUGUAUAAUUUACAGUCAUAUUUUUUUCAAAAAAUGCGAAUUAAAAAUGUCAUUUUUUUACAAACUAAACUUGAAGAAUGCAAACAGAUAAAAUCUUAUUCUCCAUUUAAUCUCAAAUCAAAUUUACUUACUUUAAUAGAACUUUAUUUUAAAGAUUAAUUAUUAAAUAGUAUUCAAUAAAAUUUUUAAAAUAAUUGGGUUAAAAAGUUUCUCAAACAAUCUGCAAAUAAUGUUUAUUGGAUAUAUCAUGAAGUACUCUUUGUAGUUUGCUCGCACGUUGACGGGCCAGUGUUCCUAAAACGCAUAAGUGUCGAUAUGUUGCUGUGCUCUGUGUUGCAAUUGUUUGGAUCUAGUUGAAAUUUUCCGCAAGAUGCGAUAAGAUUUUACUGUGAUUCCAAUGAAAAUCAAACAGAUCGAAUAUGAUAGCAAGACUUUUAAACGAUCUACUCAUCUCCGUCUCUUCGGCUCGGAUGACUGAGAGGCGCAUAGUCGUAUUACCUUCGACGUGAUUACACCGUGAACGCGCUCUUUCGAGGGGAAAAAUAAUCAGCAAUUACUCAUCGGAUUAUUGUUACCUAGAUAUAUCAAAACUGUGUAUGUGGUGUCUGUAAUAAUGUAUGCCUGACCCGCGUCGCGCACUAUACUCACUAUAGUUACCGGCGUAUCGAUUCGACAAAUGAAAACCGUUGCGAGGAAAAUCUGUGACAAAACGCCGUAUCCAAUAUCGAUGAGAACGAAUUAUUAUAUAUAUAUAUAUAAUAUAUACAUAUAUCAUCUGCGUGCAUUUUGCUGCAUAAAUGAUGAAACGUGCGCGGAUGACAACAGAUAUAGAUAGUAGUCCAUUGUUCCUGCGGUAGGACUGUGCGAGUACUCGAAGCUGGCGAGAAGCGAGCAAAGAGUUAGAAUCGAGUACUCGAAAACUUCUACGGUAAGUUUUUAAUAUUUAUUAUGUAGGAAUUCUCGAAACAAUGGUCAGCGACAAGCUGGGCAUCCAUCUGUUUGCAAAUUUUUGUUAUACUUAUUUUUAAUUGAUCUUAUACCCAUCAUGUUAUCUUAUAUCAUGUUUACGUAACGAACACGCAUACACGCACACACACACACAUACACACACACACUCACCCUACACCGUAUCAAAUACUAUUAUCCGAUAUGGAAGAUGAUGGAUUUUAGUUGAUCAGAAAAAUUCUCUGCGAUUUUAUUAUAUAUAUUUACAAUUGUUGAAUUAUUUCAGUUAUUUGUUUGUUGAUUUAGUUGUAGUAUGUUUUUGAAACGUUUGUUUGUUAGAAACAUUCAAAAUAUUUAAAAGUAACUACGAAAUACAUAUGUAAUAAUCAUUAAUUCCUUUUGGACGAUUCCAAAGAUGUAAGUAAAUAACGUAAUAGAAUAUGAUCGUAUUAUACAAGAGUCAAGAACUCUGUUAUCGUUCGCGUAUGUUACGCGCGACACUUAGAAAAUUUAUCCGAGACUUGAAUUCAUACGAUCAAGACGAGAUGUUUUUUCUCGAGUGUUCGCACGGGCCUAUUACGUUGGGCUAUAUACUUCUCUUUCUCUCUUUCCUCCCCCCUCUCUCUCUUUCUCUCUCUUUCUCUCUCCUCUCUCCCCCUUUAUUCCCUCCUUUCAUCACACCUCCUUUCUCCCUUUUCUUUCUCAGAACUUACGAUUAGCGAAAUAUACUUGCAUAUAAUGAUUCGUAGAGAUGCCAAAGAACGCCAGAGAACGUGUGCAAUGUAUUAGUGCAAUUUAGUUAUCACUUAGCGUAAACGUAUAAUUGAUCCAACGCAUUCGGCGAACUAACACGAUUGAGUUAUAAAAGAUAGGUAGACUAGUCGUACAGACACAUACGAAUUGCGUGUGCGUGAUUUGUGAUUCCCCGGAGGGACUCUCUGUAGCGCAUAUAGACGUCCACGAGACGAAAUGUUUUUAUAACAACACAUUUUUGUGGCAUUUAUAAAAAAAGAAAAACAAAUGUCGCGAGAUCCGAUUACGCAAGCGUGGCUGAAAUUGCGAGCGCAUAUUUCGGUGCGCGACCAUGACCAAAAAAAAAAAAACGGCGUCUUCUGACUGACAAGCAUUAACGCUUAGGCCUUAAACUGACCGAUAAGUGGUGGAAAAGUUUAAAAUUUCACGCCAUUUGAGAAGAUGAAAUCUUUUUUAACGAGUCUUGUUUAACUUUCGAAUUCGAGCGACAUACAUUUUAUAUUUCCUGUAUCAAGAUAAUUCAUAGUAUGUAUUUAUAUUUAAUGUAUGAAAGCAAAGCUCAUAUUAUUAACAUUUCUUUCAAUAUUGAUUUAAAAAGGAAUAAGAAAGAACUAAAAACAUUUAAUAAUUUUAAAUUGAAAAAAAUGAAAAGAUUCGGAAUUCUUUGUUCAAAUUGUUGUUUGAAAAUUUUCUAACUUUACCAAGAGUUUUGAAAAAUGGGAAAUGUGAGUUUUGCUUCUAUACUCCCCAUAUAAAGGAAUGCCGAAUAUUCUAAUAAAGAAUAAACGCCAAUAUCUUUAUUAAAUAAUCAUACAUUCCAGGAAGCUCCACGCACAGUGGAUCAGAAAUUGUAGAAUACUCUUGAAUAAACUUCGGGAAAAAAAAAAAAAUGACCAAUUACAAAAUACAACAUCAAAUGGCAGAUAACGUAAACUUUUCAUGUUUAGUUCGGUGUGAAGAGAUUAAUCGAAUGAGCAUCAAAAUUUCCUGUAAGUGUGCACAACUGUCAUGUUUCGAGAUGCGAAUCGCAGCGAAUGAUAAAGAAACCGUGAAUGUUUAAAACCGGAUUUGCUUCCAUGCGCUUACGAUAUAAGAUAGAGUCAAUGUAAUUGCUCUGAGACGUAACUCGUGCGUUUGGAAAGUACGCAGCAAAAUCGCACACGUGAGACAAACUAUAAUUGCGAUUUGAAAAUAAACGAUGCGUAUUUGAUAAUAAAUUGUUCAAUUUCCCUGAAUGGUUGCUUCCUCGUCGUUUGUAUUGUAAUUUUUUAAGGUCCGCAUGCAGAAGGAUAAUGCUGAAGCAUGGUUUUAAAUAUAAACACUUUGGUAUGAUGUAUCUUAAAAAGUUUAUCGAGAUAAAGCCAGUAUUCGUAUUUGUGCAAGGAGUUUUUUAAACCAUUAAACUCGUUGUUAAAUGCUUUGAUAGUACAAUGUAACCACUGUGUAGAUAAAUAUACGUUGCGACUUACUUACACGAAACUUUA